AUGUCUUGGCUUGGCUUGCUCCCUUUCCACAAUGAUUGGUGUUUCAAUUGGCAGGAUGAAGAUCAAGAAUUUAAGGUCAACUGGAAAAGGGUAGCUGUCACAAGUACAUUUGGAUUUGGAUUUGUCGGACCACUUGGACACUUCUGGUAUGAAGGCUUGGACAAAUUUAUAAAGAUGAGGCUUCAACUCCGCCCAAAGUCGGCAAAGUUCGUCGCUGCCAAAGUUGCAAUGGAUGGCCUUAUCUUUGGCCCCUUUGACUUGUUCGUGUUUUUCACUUAUAUGGGGUUUUGCACCGGCAAAAACGCCGCUCAAGUGAAGGAAGACGUGAAGAGAGAUUUCCUCCCGGCCUUGAUUUUGGAAGGCGGCGUAUGGCCAAUCGUUCGGGUUGCAAAUUUCCGAUAUGUUCCAGUGAGAUACCAACUCCUUUAUGUCAAUAUCUUCUGCCUGUUAGACAGCGCCUUUUUGUCAUGGAUCGAGCAACAAAAGGAUGCUCCCUGGAAGCAGAAGUUUACUUCUUUUACCUCGAUGAAAGAACGGGGAGGCUAAGGCAGACUGCGAAUUCUUUUUAUACCGACCGGAGUCUCAAGUGUACAACAGGAUAUUCAUGUACCGUUGAAUGAAUUAAUGAAGAACCCCCGAAAUCUGGACCAGGGUUUUAGAU